CCGGACUCAAACAUGGCUGCGCUGGAAACCCUGUUCCUUUGGGUGCCUAAAGCAGGAGGUGCUCCACGAAUGAGACCAUUGGGAAAGUGUUGUGCUUAAAUCAUCUCUUCUGGGGAAAAUGAAUCAUCCAUUUGGGAAGGAAGAAACUGCUUCUCAAGAGGAGCUAUUUGAAUUUUUCUGUGAGUGCCUCCGGAGAGGAGAUUGGGAUCUGGCACAGGCAUGUGUACCGCAGCUCCAGGAGGCACACGGCAAUAUCCCAAAGAAGGUGGAGGACCUACUUCAGGCUCUGGUGGUGUGUCCAAAUGAGCUGAGAUGUGGACAAGACUUCAACCCUCAAAGACUAGCUUGGGUCUGGCUUCUUGUACUGGAAAAAUGGUUGGCUCGAGAAAAGAAAUUACUGCCAACUGUUUUCCGGAGAAAGCUCGAGUUUCUCUUGUUGUCAGAAGACCUCCCUGGGGAUAUUCCAGAGGACAUCCUCAAGGAGCUCUAUGACGCCCUCACGCAAGUCACAGCAGGCCCUGUGCUUGAUGGCGACCCAAGGCAGCAGAACCGCAUCCCGGAGCUCAGCUCACAAGCCAUCUCUGUGCUCUGGGAUCUCCUGGGGCAGGCCCCCCGGCCAGCACAGGCCCUGCUGGAGCUCCUCCUUGGAGAGGACCAAGGCGCUGGCCUCUGCGGCUCUCUGCAGAAGGCCCUGGUGGGCCGGAUUCGCAACGCUCUGCGGGCUUUGCAGGAGUCUGCGGCCACACCCCCCCACACCACAGAUGCCAUCUAUGGAGCCCUGCGGACUCUGCGGUGCCCUUCGGAGCCACAGGGACCUGAGCUCCGUGUCCUGUGUGAGGAGCUCGUGGCCGCCUGCAGGACAGAGGGGUCGCCCCUGCGGGAGGAGCAGCUGCUGGGCUGCCUGCUGCACCCGGCCGGCCUGGGGCUGGUCACCCUGUACGGUCACACCUUUGCCGAGAAGGACACAGAAAAGCCCCCGAAGGCCAUCCCGUCAGGAAAAGCCUCACCAGAUCACCUCGAUCCUGAGCGGACAGUUCUAGCCCUGUUCUCCAAUCCUGACCCAGUCCAGGCUUGGAAAUCAGCCUAUUUCUACUGCCUGGCCAACAACAAGCACUUCCUGGAGCAGAUCCUGGUGACAGCACUCAUGCUGUUGCGAGAGGAAGACUUCCCAAGUCUCGGCCGCCUGCUCGAUAGAGAAUUCAAGCCUCUCAGCCGACUGCUUGUCCUCCUGGGCUGGACACACUGCCAGAGCCUAGAUUCAGCCAGGAGGCUGCUCCACACAGUUCACACUUCCCAGGACCCGGGCUGUGAUAAACUCCUUGGGGACGCCUGUGAGGGGUUGUGGGCUCACCUGGAGGUCUUGGAGUGGUGUGUGCAGCAUAGCAGCAAUCCCAUACCAAAGAGAGAUCUCUUGUGUCACUUACAUGGUGGAGACAACCACUCCGUGCUCUACUCUCUCCAUCAUCUUACCAACCUUCCAGCACUCAGGGAGGAAGAUGUCCUCAGGCUCUUACAGAAGGUGCCAGCCCAGGACCCUCAACAAGAACAUGAUGCAGCCAGCACCCUGGUUCCUGAGCAUCUAAGCCAGAGUCAAAACCUGACCCUCUACCAGAGCUUCUGUGCCAUGAAGUACGCCAUCUAUGCCCUCUGUGUCAACUCACACCAGUACUCCCAGUGCCAGGAAUGCAAAGACCCCUCUGAGGACCUGAAUUUAACGGUGGAGCCAGCAGAUGACACUCUUUCCUCCCCAGGUGCUUCCGAUCUCUUCUCCACAUACUUGGCCAGGUGUCAACAGUACCUGUGCAAGGUUCCCGACUCUUUGCGCCUGGAACUUCUAGAAAACAUCUUCUCGUUGCUGCUGAUCACAUCUGCCGAUCUUCACCCGGAGCCUCCCCUGCCCGAAGACUACGCGGAGGAGGAUGACGUGGAGGGGAGGGGCCCCAGCGGCUGGAGGUCCCCCGCAGAGAGCCCUCAGCACACGCCACAGCCCGAGAAGAAGUCAGAGCGGGCGGCCCCGGGCGUUUCCAGGAGCCUUGCUUACCCCGUCCCAGACUGUGCGAAAGCAGAACCAAAAGACCCCAGGCCCCGCGGGGACAGUUUUUUGGACCUCAAGCACUUGACUCGCAGCGUCACUGGGUUCCUAGCCAAUGAACGUGCAAUGGGGGCUUUCCUCGGGCUUCUCCAGGAGCAGCUGGAUACGCUCAGCGGCAGCGUCCCCCCGCAGAAGCCAGAGCCGCCAGGAGGCCCCAGCUGCUCCGGGAGCAGAGCCGGACUGCAGAGCCGCCUGCACCGCUUCUCCAAGAUUCUCUCCGAGGCCCAGUGGAGAUACAAGGUGGUGACCAGCAACCAGAGCUCAGAGGAGCAGCCGUCUCGAAGACACCGGCCUAUUGUUCCUCAGCACCCGGGUCUUCGACGCGGGCGUCGAUCGAGAAGGAGCCGUGCAGAAGGCCGCGACAGAGGUUCGAACCCAUCCUUGGAAAGCACAAGUAGUGAGCUGAGCACAAGCACUUCAGAGGGAAGUCUGAGCGCUGCGUCUGGGAGGAAUGAGCCGGCCAGCCGCCUCCAACCCCAGAGUUCCCUCCUGCCCAUGAUGUUCUCCCCACCUGAGUCUCUGCUGGCGUCCUGCAUCCUCCGGGGGAACUUUGCAGAAGCCCAUCAGGUGGUGUUCAUGUUCGACCUCCAGUCCUCGCCCAGCUCCGGGGAGCUGAUGUUCAUGGAGCGCUACCAGGAGGUGAUCCAGGAGCUGGCCCGCGUCGAGCACAAGAUUGAAAACCAGCACUCGGACUCGGGCAGCAGCGCCAUCCGCAGAACCGGCAGCGGCCGCUCCACUCUCCAGGCCAUCGGCAGCGCAGCGGCUGCAGGGAUGGUAUUCUACUCCAUCUCUGACGUGACCGACAAGCUGCUCGGCACCUCCGGAGACCCCAUCCCUACGCUGCAGGAGGAGUUCUGGGUGAGCAGCACCCUGGUGGAGCCCACGGCUCCCCUGAGGGAGGUGCUGGAGGACCUCAGCCCCGCCGCCAUGGCCGCCUUCGACUUGGCCUGCUCCCAGUGCCAGCUCUGGAAGACCUGUAAGCAGCUCCUGGAGACGGCCGAGCGACGUCUACUCAGCAGCCUCGAGAGCCGGAGUCGACGGCUAGACCACGCUCUCCUCAAUGCUGAUGGCCUUCGUGGUUUUCCUGCCGUUCUGCAACAAAUCAGUAAGAUUCUCAACUACCCACUUACAUCAGGUGGACAGAAUAAGUCAGAGAGUGCCGAGGAGAAGGGCGGUGCUCCUCCUCGGUGCAGCAUUGCCGAGCUCCUCCAGAUGAGCUGGCCCAGCCUAACCGAGGACUGCGUCGCCAACCACGUCUCCCUCGCCCAGCAGCUGGACCAGGUCCUGCAAGCACUGAGAGAGGCACUAGAGCCGCCAGCAUCCAAGAGUACUCCGUUAGCCUCCCUGAUGGAGCAGGUGGCCCAGAAAGCUCCAGAAGCAGAGGCCCACCCCGUGCACAUUCAGACUCAGCUCCUCCAGAAGCACCUGAGCAGACAGAGCCCCACGGGGGCCAAGCAGACCAACUACCUGGGCACCUUCUUCAGCUACUGCAGCACCCUGGCCGCGGUUCUCCUUCGGAGUUUGAGCUCUGAACCCAAUCCUUCGGAGGUCAAGGUAGGCAAUCCCUUUGUGCUCCUGCAACAGAGUUCAUCCCAGCUGGUGUCACACCUCCUGCUUGAGAAACAGGUUCCCCCAGACAGGUUAGCGGCCCUUCUGGGCCAAGAGGGUCUCGGCCUGAGCGUGCCACAGGUCAUCGUCAGCUGCUGCUGCGAGCCCCUGGCCCUGUGCCCUGCCCAGCAGAGCCAGCAGACGGGCGCCCUUCUCACCGGCCUGGGCGCGCUGGCCAGGCUGCACAUGUCCCGCUGCCUGGAGGGCCUUGCCCUCUCUACACUCAGCUCCCCGGAGCCCCCCGAGACCCUCCCCGUGGAGAGGAAGAGCGGCUCCUCCCAAAGGGACUCCUCGCCCGCGGCCCUCACGCCCUCAGCCUUGGCCUUCCUCAAGUCUGGCUCCAAGCUGCUGGCCACUGUGGCCUGCCUGAGGGCUUCCCGGGGCUUGAAGGUCACCAAGCCCAUCUUGUCCUGGAAGGAACUUCGAGGCUUCCGGGAGGUGCCUCUGAGCACAGAACAGGUCGUCCGGGAGUGUGAGCGCCUGCUGGAGCAGUUUCCCCUGCUGGAGGCCUCCCUCCGGGCCGCCUGGGAGCCCCUCCACGCACCCACCCAGCAGGGCCCGAAUCUGGCGGCAAGUCUGUGUGGCCACACCAGUGUCUCUACUGUCCUCCUGGGCUUGCACGCCCCAGAUGCCCUGGAGGUGCUCACCGGGGCCUUCGAGGAAGCCCUGGGGGCCAGAGACUGGCAGCGGGCCCUGCAGCUCAGCGAGGUGUACGGACGAGACGCAGACGACCUGAGCAGCAUACAGGACGCCGUGCUGAGCUGUGCCUCGGCCUGUGACACGGAAGGUUGGCAGUACCUCUUUGCUGUGAAGGAUGCCUCUCUGAGAAGUCAGCUCACCCUACAGCUGGUGGACCGGUGGCCCCUGGAGUCAUGCCUGGAGAUCCUGGCCUACUGCCUCUCAGACCCAGCUGUGCAGGACGGACUCAGGUGUGAGCUCCAGAGAAAGCUGGCGGAGCUGCGGGUCUAUCAGAAGAUUCUCGGUUUGCAGGCGCCCCCGGCGUGGGGGGACUGGCAGGCCCUGAGGACCUGCUGCGUGGAGGACCCUUCUGUGGCCAUGCAUAUGAUUCUGGAAGCAAAGGAAUACGGGCUGUGUGAGGAGUGGGGCUGCCUCUACCCGAUUCCGAGGGAGCAUUUGAUCAGCCUCCACCAGAAGCAUCUUCUCCACCUCCUGGAAAGAGGAGACCAUGAGAAAGCUCUGCAGCUCCUGCGAAGAAUCCCUGACUCCACUAUGUGCCUUGAGGUCACAGAGCAAGCCCUGGACCAGCACCCUAGCUUGGCCACUUGUCACUUCUUGGCCAACUACCUCACCACCCACUUCUAUGGAGAACUGACUGCUGUCCGGCACCGUGAAAUCCAGGCGCUGUACAUGGGAUCCAAGGUUCUGCUGACUCUGCCUGAGCAGCACCGGGCCAGCUAUGCCCACUUGUCCACCAGCCCCCUGCUCAUGCUGGAACAGCUGCUCAUGAACAUGCAAGUGGACUGGGCCACUGUGGCCGUGCAGACGCUGCACCAGCUGCUGGACGGCCUGGACAUCGGCUUCACCAUGGACCAAGUUGACUCUUUGCUCUCCAGAUAUGCAGGGAAGGCGCUGGACUUCCCGUACUCUCUGAGGGAGAAGCGAUCAGAUUCUGUGGGUCAUCUCCAGGACCUUGUGAGUCAGGCUUCAGACCUUGAGACCUUGUCUAGGUCACCUUCCAUGGAGUUUCCUCCCAUUGCUGCACCUGGCGUCGUGCUGGCAUAUUCGCCCUGCGUGAGGGAGAAGAUCUUCCCACAGAGCCAGCCCCCGGUGGACUUCGUGCCCCCGGCCACACCCCCGUCCAGGCACCAGUGGGUCCCCGAUGAGACCGAGAGCAUCUGCAUGGUCUGCCGCAUGGAGCACUUCACCAUGUUUAACAGACGUCAUCACUGUCGCCGCUGUGGCCGGCUGGUGUGCAGUUCCUGUUCCACUCAGAAAAUGGUGGUGGAAGGCUGCCGAGAAAACCCUGCUCGUGUGUGCGACCAGUGCCACCGUUACUACAACCAAGAUGUGCCAGAGGAGAGUCCAGGACAGCCCCAAGCACCGGACAGCUCUGAGAGUGAGAUCCCCCCGUACUCGGCUGUGGUGAGGGUCCCCAAAGCAGCAGAGGUGGAAUGGAUUUUGGAUCUGAACGAGGAGGAAAAUGAGCUGGUGCGGAGUGAAUUUUACUAUGAGCAGGCCCCCAGCGCCUCCUUGUGCAUCGCCAUCCUGAACCUGCACCAGGACAGUGUCGCCUGUGGCCACCAGUUGAUUGAACACUGCUGCAGGCUGUCCCAGCGCCUCACCAACCCAGAGGUGGACGCAGGGCUGCUCACCGACAUCAUGAAGCAGCUGCUGUUCAGCGCCAAGAUGAUGUUUGUCAAGGCCGGCCGCAGCCAGGACCUGGCUCUGUGUGACAGCUACAUCAGCAAGGUCGACGUGCUGAAUAUUUUAGUGGCUGCUGCCUACCGCCACGUGCCAUCUCUGGAUCAGAUCUUGCAGCCGGCCGCAGUCACCAGGCUAAGGAACCAGCUGUUGGAGGCUGAGUACUACCAGCUGGGGGUUGAGGUCUCCACAAAGACUGGCCUGGACACCACUGGGGCUUGGCACGCGUGGGGCAUGGCCUGCCUCAAAGCUGGGAACCUCACUGCCGCCCGGGAGAAGUUCAGUCGCUGUCUGAAGCCUCCCUUCGACCUCAAUCAGCUGAGUCAUGGCUCCAGACUGGUACAGGAUGUGGUUGAGUACCUGGAGUCCACAGCGAGGCCACUCCUGUCCGUGCAAGACGAUGACUACCUGGCCACGCUGAAGGAACUGGAAGCCACGCUGCGGACCCAGAGCCUGUCCCUGGAGGUGGUACCCGAGGGGAAGAUCAUGAACAACACCUACUACCAAGAAUGCCUCUUCUACCUGCACACCUACAGCACCCACCUGGCCAUCAUCAGCUUCUACGUGAGGCACAGCUGCCUGCGGGAGGCGCUCCUGCAUCUCCUCAACAAGGAGAGUCCGCCAGACGUCUUCAUCGAAGGCAUUUUCCAACCGUGUUAUAAGAGUGGGAAGCUCCAUAUUUUGGAAAACUUGCUAGAAUCCAUUGAUCCGAGCUUGGAAAGCUGGGGAAAGUACCUGAUUGCCGCUUGCCAGCAUUUGCAGAAGAAGAACUACUACCACAUUCUGUACGAGCUGCAGCAGUUUAUGAAGGACCAAGUACGGGCCGCCAUGACCUGCAUCCGGUUCUUCAGCCACCAGGCAAAGACAUACACAGAACUGGGCGAGAAGCUCUCGUGGCUGCUGAAGGCUAAGGACCAUCUGAAGAUCUACCUCCAAGAAACCUCCCGCGGCACCCGAAGGAAGAAAGCGACCUUCUUCCGGAAGAAGAUGACCGCGGCUGAUGUCUCAAGGCACAUGAACACGCUGCAGCUGCAGAUGGAAGUGACCAGGUUCUUGCAUCGGUGCGAGAGCGCCGGCACCUCCCAGGUCACCACCUUGCCUCUGCCAACACUGUUCGGGAACAACUACAUGAAAAUGGACGUGGCUUGCAAGGUCAUGCUAGGAGGGAAGAAUGUUGAAGACGGGUUUGGAAUCGCAUUCCGGGUGCUGCAGGACUUCCAGCUGGAUGCGGCCAACACCUACUGCAGAGCAGCACGGCAGCUGGUGGAGAGGGAGAAGUACGGCGAGAUCCGGCAGCUGCUCAAGUGUGUGGGCGAGUCGGGCGUGGCAGCCCAGAGCGACGGGGACACCAUCCUGCUCGACUGCCUGGCGGCGUUCAGGAGAAUCCCGCCCCAGGAGCUGGAGGGCCUGAUCCAGGCAAUACACAGCGAUGACAACAAGGUCAAGGCCUACUUGACGUGCUGUAAACUGCGCUCCGCUUACUUGGUGGCCGUGAAGCAGGAGCACUCCCGGGCCACAGCCCUCGUGCAGCAGGUACAGCAGGCAGCCACGAGCAGCGGGGACGCCGUGGUGCAGGACAUCUGCACCCAGUGGCUGCUGACAAGUCGUCCUCGGGGUGCUCAUGGCUCCAGUUCCAGGAAGUGACCAUGGGACCCCCUGGCCCCAGUGCUGUGGAACAGGGACGAUGGAGAGACUCCCUCCCUCUUGCCUGGAUACUGCCCCAGGCGGCCACGAGCAGAUCCAGACCCACCGCACCAACUUAGGCCAGGCCGGAAGCUUUCACACAAGUGCCACGAGUCUGUGAUUUUGGAUUCUGUGCGUCUGUCUGGAGAUGGCCGGUUCUUUCUACCUCAGAAUGAGUGUGUGCGUGCGUAUGUGUGUGUGCGUGUGUGUGCGCGUGUGUUUGUGUGUGCUCGUGUGCGUGCACACGUGCACCUCUGCACACUUGUGUUUACGCCCAAGCAUCUCUGAACAAACAAAACCCUGCAAAAUGGCACUUUACUUUAGACUCCCCACCGUUUGGUUCUUACCCACCUCGCCCUGUUUGUGCACGAAGCCCCUCUGUGGAAAUGCUCCCAUAACACCUCACAACUUUAUGGUUUCCUGGAAAUGACUGGAGUGCCACAAGGAUGGCUUUGCUGCUUCCCUUCCCCUGCAACACAACCUUCCCCUCAAAGGAGAAACCAUCCAGCAAUGGCUUUGGAGCACAUAUUAACUGGAAUAAACUAGUCCAAGCAUCUUCUCUCACAAGCACAAGGAGUGACCGUGAGUCUUUGGGAGGCAGCGUGAACAGACGGGGGAAGCGAUGGAUGCACAACUGGGGCACAUGGAGGCCCCCCUCCCACCGCGGCCAGGAGGGGCCCCACACAUAAACACAGGGGGAGGGACCCCCAGGCCAUGGGAGUAAGGCGGGAGAGCCUCCAAGCAAGAGUUGGCCAGCACUGCCAGCACCCGUGCCUCAAUGAGAGAAUGUGGCUCCCUCUCAGCCCCGGGGAGAAACUGAGGCUCGGAGCCUGGGACUGAACAGCUCCGCUCUGCGUGUCGAAAUCACUGGGCCCCUUUGGUUGGCUAGACAACCACUUCCUCUAUUCUUCUGCUUCUCUUCAGGACCUGCGACAGAUGUGCAGAGACCCAGGGCCAGUGAAGGGCCGUGGGCAUCUUUGUCUUAUCAGAGGGACUCAAGGUUGGGCCUGGGAACAGAAGGGACGGGGGAGGCACCCAGCCAGUGAUGGCCAGUUGUUGGCAAACCUGAGAAGACCCUCGCCACUCGGUGCUUGGCACCCCCGUGGCUUCCCUGGUGAAUGGGUUUUGAAAUAAUAAAAUGUGCAGCUGGCCAGGACAGCUGUCAGCCUGCAGUCCUUGGUUGUUAGAGAGGGGAAGGACUGCAAGAGAAGAUGGGCUGUUUCACACUUGGCUUUUCCUUCUUUGCAUCACGGGAGGCAACCAGGACACCUGACUGCCCUCAGUCUGCCCUGUCUGCACAGUGGCUAAGCACUUUAUGCAAAUGAGGAGCAAGUCUUGCCGCCCUUCCCUGGGGAGCCAAACCAGAUUCUCCUGACUUAAGUAGUUAAACAGUCAAAUGAGCAGCCACUGACCAGACUGAUGGAAGCCAGAGGCCUUUUGCACCUCCUACUGUGAUCUCCUACCAAAACACAAAAAGUUGGGGCUGGGGUGAUAGCACAGCAGGUAGGGUGCUGGCCUUGCAUGCAGCCAACCCAGGUUCAAUCCCCUGUACCCCAUAUGGUCUGAGCCCGCCAGGAGUGAUUCCUGAGUAUAGAGGCAGAAGUAUGCCCUGAGCACAGCUGGGUGUGGCACCAAAAAAGUACUGUCGAGGGCUGAAUGUCGUACUACCAAUAAAGUGUCUGUCUUCCAAGUGUCCUGGCUCCAUGACUCAGUCCUGCCCAGCUCUUCCCUCAGUCCCUGCACCCUGUGCCUGUCCAGAGAAAGCUGGGGAGGAAAACUGGGCUUCAGCUCUGAAUUUUCUCAGAAUGAUUUCAUCUAAUUGAUGACUUUUGGAUUGGGACUUAUCUUAAGGUUUUCCUGUGUGUGUACUUUCUACCACUGGAAAACCUUUGGGUUUUGUUCCUUUUUUUAUUUUCUCUUUUUUACUUCAGAAUGAAGACAUUUAGACAUUUAUCAGGUUCAAAAGGCGAAUCUCACCCUGUCCCCUCAACGCUGUGCUCCAGAGUCACCAGCCUUACAGUUUCCAGUGUUUAACUGGGGAGCUUUUUUGCAGGGAGACCCUCCCCCCAUGCUGGCCACGCCCCUCCGAGCAGUACUUAGGCAGUUGGACUGGGGAAUUUCAGCUCAGGUCCAGAGGUGCAAGGGCCACCAGGACCAUACCUGACAGUGCUCAGGGGCCCAUUUCAGUGCUGAGAAUUGAACCUAAGCAACAAGGCAAGCACCCUGAUCCCUGGCUAUUUCCCCAACAACCCAAAGCUGUUUUAUGUAAUAAUAGCUACACAAAUUCCACACAAAUUAUUAGCCUAUUUUUACAGAAUUUGUAGCUAGAGAAUUCCACACUGAAAUGAUUUAGCCUAUUUCUUACCAGUGGGUCCUUUUAGGUUACACCAUCUUUUGCCACCACAAGGCACUCUGUGAUUAAAGACCUAAUCCAGAGUAGCCUGGGCAGUGGAUAGUGUGUUUGGGAGCUACUGGCAGUUGUUUCCGAAGAGAUCGUAGCAAUUGACUCUCCCACUUACACUGUGGGAUUUCCCCCAUCCUGACCCCAGCACUUACCAAUUUUCAUCACUAUUUGCCAGUCAGAUUGGAUGGAAAAUGAUAACUUGAACGUUUUUUUUAAAGCGGUUAUUUUCGUAUUUGAGGGGUGGGCCACACCUGGCAGUGCUUAGGGCUAACUUGUGGGGUCACUAAAGGUAGUACUGGGGGACCAUGUGUGGUGCUGGGGAUAGAAACCCCGGUUGACCGCAUGCAAGGCAAGUAAGUGCCUUCCUUCCUGUACUUUUUUAUUUUUAGCCAUUAGUCAUUUUUAAAAACUGUCUUUUAGUAACAACCCAAUUGUGAAGCUUUGGAACUGGAUGUAGACUCUGGGGAAAGGAAAGCUUGCUUGAGGUGCUUGCUUGCCACUUCCUUGGAGCCAGUUUGCAGCCUGAUACUUGAGCCAUGGGCUGCAGACUCACUGCCAUGAUCUCAUUUCCCCAGAAACAUGAGCUCAUCUGCUUUCGUUACAAACGUCAGAUACAACACACAUAACAAAAGUAGACUAAAAACUACCUGCUGUGUGGGCCAGAAAGAUAGUGCGGGAAUAAAGUGCUUGCCUGGCGUGCACCCAACCCCAGUUCAAAUACUGACACCUGAUAUGGUCUCCCAAGCACUGCCAGGAAUGGCCCCUGAGUACAGCCAGGUGUGGUACCAAAAGAAAAAAAAAAGGUAACUGCUAUGGACAACAUACAAAAGUAUGCCACAACAUGGAAAAUUGAAACAGUGGGGCCAGCGCAAUAGUACAGCAUCGGGGAGGGCCUUUGCCUUGCAUGCGGCCAACCUGGGUUCAAUCCCCGGUAUCCCAUAUGGUCCCCCAAGCACUGCCAGGAGUAAUUCCUGAGCAUCGCUGGGUGUGACCCUAAAAGAAAAAAAAAACUUGAGGAAACUGAAAUAUGGUCUUUAACAUAGCAGCUUAAGUUGGUACGUUAGCAGCUAUCUGGCCAGAACUGAAACAAAGAAGACCAAAGAGUGUCAAACUCUCCAGACCCAAGCCAAUACUACUAGUGACUCUGGGGCAAAUGAACUUGUCAUCAUCCUCUCAGCUAUGGCAAUACAGUUGACUGAUUCCAUCCCUGAAAAACUGACCAUAAAAGAAAAAAAUGUUUUUUGCUUUUUUGGGGGUUUUCUGGUUUGUUUUUGUUUUGGAGCCACACCUGAUGGUGCUUUAGGGCUUAGUCUUGGCUCUGUGCUCAGUGAUCAUUCCUGGCAGUCCUUGGAGGACGGUUUUGGGUGCUGGUGGUUGAACCCCAGUUGGCCGCAUCCAAGUUAAGAGCCCUACUCACUGUGCUAUCUCUCCAGUCCCCCAUUAAAAAAAAAAAAUGCCACACCUGGCAGGAUUUGUGGGCCACCUGGGCUACCACUGGCAGUUUUGGAAAGCCAUGUAGUGCUGGGGACUAAACUUGGGGCCUCGCACAUCCCUAGUCCACCCUGACCUGACUCCCCAGCCCUUGUAUUUUUCUUAAAGAUCACUGUAUCACUGUCAUCCCGUUGUUCAUUGGUUUACGUGAGCGGGCGCCAGUAACAUCUCCAUUUGUCCCAGCCCUGAGAUUUUAGCAGCCUCUCCUUACUCGUCUUUCCCGAUUGGUGGCUUCUUUCAGGGUCAGGGGAAUAAGACCUGUUAUUGUUACUAUUUUUUGGCAUAUCGAAUACGCCACGGGGAGCUUGCCAGGUUCUGCCGUGCGGGUAGGAUACUUUCGGUAGCUUGCUGAGAGUAGCUUGUCAUGAUUAAUAGAUAUCAGCAACAGGGAUAGGAGACAGGGCUCACAUGGAUUAGGGUCUGGCACCCGGGUACUGUGCUGAUGCUUCCAGUUGGCAGAGUUGAGGGAGGACAGCUGGGGGAAAGCGGGGCCGAGACCAGGAAGGAUCUCAGGCUCAGGGAUUUUGUGCCUUUGAGCAGCAUGGCACUGCUGACACAGCGUGGGCGUGGGAAUGUCCACACCAUGCUCUGCUGGCCUCAGACCCCAGCCUCCUGCAUGUGAAGCUCCCAUUUGGUGAGCCCUGCCUCCUACCCCUGUUGCUUUCUUAAAGGUGAUGAUACAAAUCGUAUGGUUUCACCUGGUCCUCCCUUGGCUAUGGGAGAGCAAGUGGUCAGUUGACUCUGAAAUCUCAAGUAACGUUGAUGACUUAGUGACUCCAACCUGCAAGGCUGUGUGAUUUUCUUCAGCAGAAACAUUUGACACAGAGAAAAGGUGGGUGGCUUCAUGUUUGGCCCUUUCUCAACAAGGGUAAGAAUGAGGAAAGGGAAUGGACAAGGGAGAAAGCUGGACGAGUAGGGUGUUGGCGUUGGCAUAGGUUGUUGGAAGUUAAAGUACCUUAAAGCAGAAGUACCUGAGUUCAGGUGUGGUCCUUGUGAAAGGAGAUGAGGAACUGAGGAGAUCUGGAAGAAAAGGUUCACGAUGAGAAAGAGAUCGGAGAAAUGCAUCUACGUGGAUAUAUGGCACUUUUAAAUAUGUGUGGGGCUGGAGCAAUAGCACAGCAGUUAGGUCCAGGUAGACAUGGGCCCCAGGACACCCAGGUAACUUUUCUAGGAAUUUCCAGGACUAGGCUUCCAAUGGCCACAUCAGAACGACAUGAGAAGUGUCGCUCAUAGACCAUAGACCCAGGCAAGGAGGGCUUUGACCCUUGGCCAUGAACUUUUGAAGAGAGAAGCAAAGUGAUCUUACCCAGCGGUGCUCAGGGGUCACCCCAGACAGACAUGCACUUUGAAAAGCUCCACAUUAAGAGAGGGACAGACAUAGAAGGACUGCACUCAUUUGUGGGGUAUAGAAUAACAUCACCGGAGGCUGGCACCCAAGGACAGUAGAUACAAGGGCCAGGAGGAUUGCCCCAUAGCUGGAAGACUGCUUCAUGAGCGGAGGGGAGAAGGCAGAUGGAAUAGAGAAGGGAUCACUAAGCAAAUGAUGGCUGGAGGAAUCAGUCGGGAUGGGAGAUGAGUGCUGAAAGUAGAUAAUGCACCAAACAUGAUGACCUCUCAGUGUCUGUGUUGCAAGCCAUAAUGCCCAAAAGUAGAGAGAGAGUA